AUGACGGCAGAAGUCGCACAGCAACCUACGACGUCGUCCUCGGCGAGCGUCCCUCCUCCACCAUCCGCCACUCGCGGCGGCCGCGGCGGCUCUCGCGCUCGCGGCAGGGGUCGAGGCCGCGGCGGCGCAGCGCAGAACGGUGGUACAGCGCGAGGCGGCGCGAACGGCGAGGCGGCGCAGGGCGGCGAGGGCGCAGACGCGUCAGCGAGGAGGAACGGCGGAGCGGGCGGCGAGCCCAACUCGCGCCGCGCCCAGUUCGGUGCCGCCCUCUCGACGGGCAACGCCGACUCGGCCCACCUCCACGCCGCCGCCGCGCCGUUCGUCCCGUCGUCCUCGAGCGCCGCCGCAUCCGCCUCGACCUCGGGCACCUCGACGCCGCUCAACCCGGCCCCGGUCAACCAGACGCUCGUUGAGCGCCUCAUCACCGAGCUGUCGUCGGGCGAGGCCGAGUGUACCAUCUGCAUCGGCGAGAUCUCGCGCUCGGCGCGCAUCUGGAACUGCUCGUCGUGCCACCAGCCCCUGCACCUCACGUGCGCCAACAAGUGGGCUUCGUCGGCCGUCGCCUCGUCGUCCGAGCGCGCCCAGCUCCUCGCCUCGCGCUCGACCGACCCGCGCAACCCUGUCGAUCCGGCGUCGCUCCUCGGCGGGUGGACGUGCCCCAACUGCAACGAGCUCUACUCGGCCAACCAGGUCCCGACCAAGUACACGUGCUUCUGCGGCCGGUUCACCGACCCGCACCCUCGACCGCCCGCGACGCCGCACUCGUGCGGCAAGCCCUGUGCCCGCCGUCGCCCGCACGGCUGCGCCCACCCGUGCGCCCUCGGCUGCCACCCCGGCCCGUGUCCGCCCUGUCCUGUCGUCCUCAACGUCAAGUGCCACGACGGCAAGCGCACGCUCGGCGUACGGUGCUCGGCCCUCAACGACGGGCGCGCCCUCGCCGACCUGUCGGACGCGGCGCGCGAGGUCAAGGACCAGCUCAAGAGCUGCGGCGAGCGGCACGGCGCCGUCCUCGACUGCGGCCUGCACGAGUGCGAGCGCACGUGUCACGCCGGCGAGUGCGGCGGGUGCGACGCCGUGAGGAGCAAGCGGUGCUUCUGCGGGCGCGAGACGCAGGAGGGCAUGUGCGGCUCGACCCGGCCAGACGAGCGCGUCGACGGCUGCCGCCUGCCCGGCGUCGAGGGCGCCGAGGGCACGUGGACGGGCGAGUGGGCGUGCUCGAGGAGGUGCGACGCCCUGUUCGACUGCGGCGUCCACCGCUGCGCCGAGCCGUGCCACCCGCACACGGACCCGGUCGCGGCGCCGCACUGCCCGUCGUCGCCCGACGUCGUCUCGACCUGCCCGUGCGGCCAGACGCCCCUCGACCUCCUCCUCGGCGACCGGCCCCGCACGCGCUGCACCGACCCGAUCCCGCUCUGCGCCGAGCGGUGCUCGAAGCCGCUCGCGUGCGGCCACGCCUGCGCCCAAGGGUGCCACCUCGGCCCGUGUCCGCCCUGUCGUGCGCGCGUCCCGCUCGUGUGCCGCUGCGGGUCGAGCAAGACGGAGCGCCUGUGCGGCGAGCCGUACCGCGCGACGAGGGUGGACCCGGACUCGGGCGCCGUCGUCGAGUCGGACGAGUACCUGUGCGCGCGCGUGUGCAAGGCGACGAGGGCGUGCGGGCGGCACCAGUGCAACCGCACGUGUUGCCCGCUCGCGUACCAGGAGGCGCUCACGGCCGGCGUCAAGGGCAAGAACAAGAAGCGCGCGCCGGCGACGCUCGCCGAGGCGCUCGCCGAGCAGCAGCAGACGGACCCGCUCGGUAUGCACACGUGCGACCGCACGUGCGGGCGCAAGCUCAACUGCGGCAUCCACUCGUGCGAGCUGCGCGACCACCGCGGGAUUUGUCCGCCGUGUCUCCGCGCAGACUUUGACGAGCUCGUGUGCCACUGCGGGUCGACCGUCGUCCUGCCGCCGAUCCCGUGCAACUUUGUCAUCGACUGCCGGCACCCGUGCAUCCGGCCCGCCGAGUGUGGUCACCCUCGGCUCCCGCACGCCUGCCACGAGGACCCGGCGUGCCCGCCCUGCCCGUACCUGACGACCAAACCGUGCGCGUGCGGCAAGCGCGAGGUGCCCAACGUGCGGUGCUCGACCGACGAGCGCAAGGUCAGCUGCGGGACCGUGUGCGGCAAGCUCCUGCGCUGCGGCUGGCACCGCUGCCGCAAGACGUGCCACCCGGCCGGCGAGUGCGAGACGGCCGACGACCAGACGUGCCUCAAGCCCCGCAAGCAUUGCGGUCACCCCUGUCCUCUUCCCUGUCACUUCCCCUCGGCCUGCCCUGCCGACGGCCCGUGCCCCAAGCUUAUCAAGGUGCACUGCGAGUGCGGCAACCUGUCGCAGAACGCCCGCUGCGGCGCGUGCGACGAGAAGCCUGAGGGCAACGCCGGCCGCCUCGUUAAGUGCACCGACGCCUGCGCGACGGCCAAGCGCAACGCGCAGCUCGCCGACGCGCUCGGCGUCGAACAGCGCGAGGUCAAGACGCGCGAGGUCGAGUACCAGCCCGAGCUCGUCACCUUCUACGCCGCCAACUCGGCCUGGUCGGCCGGGAUCGAGGCGCAGCUCGUCGAGUUCGUCAAGGGCGACAAGCCGAGCCUGCAUUUCCCCGUCAUGAAGAGACCGCAGCGCCAGUUUAUCCACGAGCUCACCGACCACUUCCAGUUGCGCUCCGAGUCGCUCGACGAGGAGCCUCGCCGUUCGGUCGUCUGCCACCGCACGCCGACGACGGGCAUCCCGACGCCGACGCUCGCCGAAGCGCUCGCCGCCUCGAGAAAGUCGGCCUCGAUGACGCUCAACCUCGGCAGCCUGCGCCGGGCCCUCCCCGACAAGAAGCCCAACAACGCCCUGUACCUCGAGGGCGUCCUCGGCUACGACGAGGAGAUGCUCACCGACAUCCUCGUGCCGCACAUGCGCGGGCUCAAGUUCAUCCUGACCUGGGUCACCGACGAGGACGUCCUCAUCACGUUCGACCUGCCCGUCCUCGACCUCGAAACCAAGCUCUCGUCCAUCUCGUCGGCGCUCAAGCACGUCAUCUCGGACACGGGCUUCUGCGUCAGCGUCGACCCGGUCGUCCUCGGCGACGACGGGCGCGUCGUGCGCGGCUCGUGGACCCCGGUUGGCGGGCCGUCGUCGUCGGCGUUCGGCGCGGCGGGUCCGGGCGCGUCGUCGUCGUCGGCUGCGUCGUCGGCGCCCAUGAGCGCCCGAGGUUCGGCGAGCGGCGCGUGGAGGAGCCAGGGCCUCAAGACGGGCAACGCAUUCGCGUCGCUCGGGCAGGGGUCGAGCCCGCCCAAGCCGGCGCAGCAGGCCGGGCACGCUUGGGGCCAGUUGAUCGGCGUCGGGCACGCAAAGCCCCCUCGCGCCGUCGUCGCACCGCAAGGCGAGCUCGAGCGCCACCUCCCCGUCGCUUCAGCACCGCCAAGCCGCAUCCCGACGCCGAGCCUGCCACCUCCUCCGCCUGUCGCAAGGACCGACGACGACGUGCCGGACGAGUGGGACGCUGGCCUCGAGGACGAGGCGCCGGAAGAGGGAGCGGCGGUCGAGGAGGAGAGCGAGUCGACCAAGUAGAGGGGGAGGACUUUGACAGGCUUACUCUGCACCGCAUCGCACUGCAUCGUCGUUCCUUUGGCUCGUU